AAACUCAUAGCCCUGGCCCUCUGAAAAGUUCAGUUCGAGACGGCCAAAGUCAGAGAUCGUCUCUCUCUCUAAAACUUUCUCUUCUCACUUUCUCUCUCCGGAACUAACUAGAUCUCGUCAAAAAUUCCCGGGGAAAUUAUGUCCGACGCCUUGAUCAAUGGCCUCGCCGGCGCCGGCGGAGGAAUCAUUGCUCAGCUCAUCACCUAUCCUCUCCAAACCGUAAAUACGAGGCAACAAACGGAGAGAGAUUUGAAGAAGGAGAGGAGAAAAGUGGGGACAAUAGAACAAAUGUGUCAGGUUGUUCAGCAAGAAGGAUGGAGUAGGUUAUACGGAGGCUUAAUGUCCUCCCUGGUUGGUACGGCUGCGUCUCAGGGUGUUUACUAUUAUUUCUAUCAAAUAUUCAGGAACAAGGCUGAAGCUAUUGCACUUCUAAAUAAAAAAAAAGGGAUUGGUGAUGGAUCAGUAGGAAUGUUCUCAUCACUUGUGGUGGCUGCCUUUUCUGGGUGUUUAAAUGUGCUGAUGACUAAUCCCAUAUGGGUAGUAGUUACUCGCAUGCAGACUCAUACAAAGAAAUCCCAGCCAAGCUGUACUCCCGUUCUUGCUGCAAUGGAGCCCCCUCUCUAUGGAACCAGCCAUGCGAUUCAAGAAGUUUAUGAUGAAGCUGGAGUGUGGGGGUUUUGGAAUGGAGUUUUGCCAACAUUGAUCAUGGUGAGCAAUCCCUCCAUACAGUUCAUGCUGUAUGAAACCAUGUUAAAGAAGUUGAAGCAGAGACGUGCUGCGAAUAAGAAGGAUGAUAAUGUUAUAACUGCUCUGGAGAUAUUUUUGCUUGGAGCUUUGGCAAAACUUGGAGCUACCGUUGUAACCUAUCCUCUUCUGGUUGUAAAGUCGAGACUUCAAGCAAGGCAAAUUAUAGGCGGAGACAAAAGGCUUCAUUAUAAAGGCACCUCAGAUGCUAUCCUGAAGAUGAUACAAUACGAGGGAUUCCAUGGCUUCUACAAAGGAAUGAGUACAAAAAUCGUGCAAAGUGUUCUUGCAGCGGCUGUCUUGUUCAUGGUCAAGGAAGAACUCGUCAGAGGCGCCCGCUGGUUAUUAACGAAGAAUUCAGUCCAUUCCAGAAGAUCAAGGCCGCCAUAACCGGAAAUGUACGCUUUGGGUCAGGAUUAUAGCAGGCCCUCUGGCUGCUAACAAGUGAGAUUUCAUUGAUUUUAUAGGGGGGUGAGUGAUAUAUGAUUGUUAUUUGUGAGGCAAAGUGACCCACAAUAGAUUAGGUGUGCUCUAUGGUGGAUAUAAUAUUUCAUGGUGAAAAUAGAUGAGACCACGGCUUCAACUGUAAUGGCAUAUGCUGUGUUCUCCAUCUUGAAGAACAAGUAAUUGUACCGUUCAAAGUUUCAAAUAUUCAUGAAUGAUGGUGUGGUGUAUA